AUGACCAAGACUGUUGAUGAAGCUAAGGUUCUUAUUGAGAAUCUUGCAGCUAGUGAUUGUAACAACUGUCCUGAUUAUGACCGCUCAAGCCGCACCACUACUAGCUCCCCUGAUUCUUUUCAAAUGACUGAACUCAAGAACAUGAUGGCUCAAGUUCUUAAGGGACAGCUCAAGCAUAUCAAUGCAAUAGAAGGGAUGAGUGAUGCUAAUGAAGAUUCAUCAAGAGAAUGCAUGGGAGAUUUCUCUAAUGAAGCCAAUGAAGAAGAUGUGAACUACAUUGGAAACUAUGGGAACAAGGGAUACAAUCCAAGCUAUCGCCCAAACCCCAACAUGUCUUAUAGAAACCCCAAUGUGGAGAAUCCUCAAGACCAAGUGUAUCCUCCAAGGUAUCCACAACAACAAAGACCUCCUUACCAAUCUCAAGGAAGUCAAUUUCAGCCAAGGCAAGGAUAUGAGCAGAGAUCAUCAUAUCCGCCCAAGGAGCCAUAUGCUUCUUCACCAAAUCAAGCUCCUCCAAACCAACAAGGUGGGAGAUUUGAAGGAAUCCUCCAACAGAUCAUGGAUGGCCAGAAGAGAAACACUAAAGAGAUGUAUGAGAAGAUGGACACUUUGUUCAGCAAUCUCAACACCAAGUAUGAUGCUGUUGCCACUCAUGUGAAGAAACUAGAGACUCAAGUCACUCAAACUAUGGAAGCUGUUAAGAGACAGGAAGCUGAAUCCAAGAAGUCCUUUUGCAACUCAGCCGCCAUAGAAGAAAGAUUUGAAGACCAAGUUCCAGAAUGGAUGCUUUCAAAACCUACUGUUGAUUGCAUGAUUUGGCCUGAAGAGAAUUACCCAGAGAGAGAGUCCAAUCGAGCUAGAAAGAGAAGACUCUUCCCAAAGAUUAUCCCCAAGACAGAUAACUCAGGAAAGUUUGCUGUGCCUUGUAUCAUCAAAGGUAACAUUCUUGAGCAAUCUUUGUGUGACACAGGAGCCAAUGUGAACAUCAUGUCUAAGAGGAUAGCUGACAAGAUAGGCCUCACCAAGAUAGAGCCAUCAUCCAUCUCCAUCAACUAUGCUGAUUCAUUCUCACAAACCCCUAUGGCUUUGUGCCUAAUGUGA